AUGGCGUACCUGCAUGGCGGCUGCUCCGACUUUACGGAUGGGUCAUCAGAUGAGGAAGGGAGUGCUACCAUGGCGGCUAAGCCAGCUCUAUUGACAACACAGGCGCCAACACAUACAAAAGCCCCCACUCCAGUGACCAUGGAGGCGAUUGGGGAGCUAAUGGCGGCCCACCACAAGAAGAUUGCAGCCGACAUGGCCCUGAUUAGAGAAGACAUUAAGGGCAUAACAGUGAGGCUGGGAGCUGUAGAGGCCUCCUCUGCUGACCACACCACCCAGAUCGCAGACCUCCAAGCAGCAGUCCGGGCCCUGCAGCAAAAAUCCUGGCAGCACGAACAACAAAUUUCUGCACAGGAAGACAAGAACCGCAGAAAUAAUCUAAAGCUCAGAGGAGUCGCCGACUCUGUACCAGAGGCAGAUCUUCCACACUUUGUCAGGCGACUCCUCACCGAGCUACUGACCCCUAAGGCAGUGAAAGCAAUCGCCCUGGAGGGCCUGUUCUGCAUACCGAAGCCAGUGAAAGCCCUGCCUGCUGCCCAGGGGACUUAAUAGUUCAGUUCCAAUCUGCUAGAGACAAAAGAGCGAUCCUAGAAGCCACAAGAGGACAGGAAACUUACGCCUUCGAGGGGAUGACAAUCUCUCCUUUUACACAGACCUUUCAGGUGGGACACUAGUGUGGAGAAGAUCCAUGAACGCAUUCACAGCUUUGCUAUGGCUCCACCAAAUCAGAUACCGCUGGGGACCUAGCCGCACCAUCCACAUUGACAAAGGGGACUCCAAACAUGUUGUCCACGAUAUGCAGGAAGCCAUUGGGACAUUGGGUCUAUUUAACCUACCCAAAGACUCUCAAACACUAACGCCGCACCCAGUGGACCGCACAAGCACACUCGGAGGAAACGCUGCGAAUGUCCCAGAGUUUAUUCCCCGGAGGCGGCCCUUGGACCCUUACGCGAAGGCCACCACUUGA